AAGAAGCCCGUCGAGCGGCCUCGAGCGGCUCCAGCCAAGGUUGUAAGGGUCGGCCUGGGUCGGCUAAUUACAAUCCGCUAGAAAAGUCCAAAUUUUUUCAAGGUUCAAAAUAGCGCCGUUGUAGUUAUGGUCCACCAUUUAUUCCCACGACAAUGAUGGGGAUUCGAUAUAACUUGUCGCAACGGAAGAGAUGAGCUCGGUCACCGUGUUGCAUUUGCGCACUUUAAUCCUCACCUUCUUCCUCCCUCCCUCCCUCCAUGUCUGUUCUUCAAGUCGCUACCGUACUGGCUAAUCUUGCUGCCAAGGCCCAUUCAUCAAUGACUUAUCCUCGCUCAUCGACUUCCAACGAGUCAGAGUGCUCCUCUGACGCGUCCUCUCUGGCUGAAGGCUCGCAGAGUGAUUCAACAUCUGAAUCCUCUCUCUAUCUCGCCUUAUCCCAACGCACUAAUGAACAUCUGGCAGUCUUAUUGCCAAGGAGCCUCUGGAAGCCUGAUUCUAUCGCUACUACAUGUGAUAAUUUUUAUUGCCGCACCAAAUUCUCGGUUCUUGAACGGCGUCAUCAUUGCAGAAAAUGCGGUGGCGUUUUCUGCCAUCAGUGCACCACCCGUACAACUCAUUUGCUUGACGUUUCCAAUCUCGAUUUCCUUCAUCCUCCGCGGAACGUCCCUAUCUCAAAUUACGAUAGCCCAACGUCACCCGUCGUCGUUAAGAAGGUCUGCGACGAUUGUUGGGACCAGAUCAACGGCUGCAAUUCGCCUCGCACUCCAGAUGCCAGACCAUCCACUCCUAUGCUUGUCAAAUCUCCGGUAGAUUCCAGAGCUCCUUCUCCUAAUUCGUCUGUUUGUGCAUCUCCUGUGGACACCCCAGCCCCACCCUCUCGGCCCAUUCGCGUUGCCCGGAGCUCAUCUCAUUUCAGCACUGGACAUCGUCCAUUACCUAAUUCUAUCUUAUCCCCUACUGAACUCGAGGUCCCAGAACCAUCAUACGGUGAACUUGAUGCCUAUCCACUACGGAGGUCCAGUAUUAUCUGUAAGGCAACAGGCGGUGGUCGCUGGGAACCCAAGCAUUCACCUCCCAAGAUCGGUGUUCGGAUACCUGGGUAUAAGGCACCAUAUGAAAUUGAAAUGGAACGAGAAGAGCAAGAAGAACGUCUUCGUUGUCAGAAUCCCGUUGUGCGGGAUGGAGAGUUUCAAUAUCGAUUCCGGCAGGACCGAGUCGCGGCUAGUCUUUCCCGCACUGCAUUGUGUUUCUCCACUUUCUAGGUUGUCAUGUUAUCGGUGUAUAUAUCGCCUCAGCUGUUGUAUUCCUUCGUCGUGCAUAAUUGUUUCCUGCUCUUGUUUAUACGUAAUUUUAUGGUUCAUGGUUGUCUGAUGUUUCUCCAUGCUAAUUCACUUGUUGUCCUUGCAGUUAUUUAUCAUAUUGUGCUUCUAUAUCUCACUGCCAUCUACGAUACCAUUGCUUGAUUGAUAGAUAUACUACACAUACGAUUUGUAUGUUAUUCAUUCGAUUUAUCACAUAUAGCCCCUGAUUGCCGUGA